CAGCUGCUGUUUCUGUCUAGACACCCGAGCAAGGAUGGAUAUGACGAAAAGCUGUUUUCCUCCUCUGGCUCAGGAUUAAAUCUCUCUGUCACAGACCAGGGCAUUUCUCUAAGGAAAUGGAUACGUCUUCCCAAAAAUACCCAGUCAAAAAGCGAGUGAAAAUCCAUCCCAACACAGUAACAGUGAAAUACACUUCUCAUUAUCCCCAGCCAGGAGAAGAAGGGUGUGAGGAUGUUAAUGAAGAUCCUGGAGUAUUUAAGGAGGAUAAUCCUAAGAGAAGACUACUGAGUGAUGGGAGAAGGAGAGAAAGGACUUUUUUUGGUACGAUAGACAGCAAGCCAGCACAACUGCCCAAACCCGGUGAGGUGGGGCAGUGCCAGCAUUCUCCUGAAGGGAAUGCCCUGCAGUCCAGGAGGACGUGGGCAGUCCUGUUCGGCUCUGCCGUGGCUCACGGCUGCGUGGCUCUCAUCACCAGAUUGGUUUCUGACCGCUCCAAAGUGCCCUCCCUCGAGCUGAUCUUCAUCCGCUCGGUCCUGCAGGUGCUGUCCCUCACUGUGGUGUGUUACCACCACGAGCCUCCCUUCGGCCCCAAGGGCUACAGGCUCCGGCUCUUCUUCUACGGGGUGUGCAACGUGGUCUCCAUCACCUGUGCCUACACCUCCUUCUCCAUAGUGGCCCCCAGCAACGGAACCAUCAUGUGGAGGGCGACCACCACGGUGUUCAGUGCCAUUCUGGCUUUCUUACUCAUGGAUGAGGGAAUGGCUCACAUAGACAUAGUUACUGUGGUCGGCAGCGUGUUCGGCGUUUGCCUGGUCAUGAUCCCCAACAUUGUUAAGGAGGAAAACUCUUUGCUGAGCACCUGGAAGGAAGCUUUUGGCUACACCAUGACCGUCAUGGCCGGCCUGACCACUGCCCUCUCCAUGAUAGUCUACAGGUCCAUCAAGGACAACAUCAGCAUGUGGACAGCCCUGUUCACCUUCAGCUGGACGGGGACGCUGUGGGGAGCGGCCACCAUGUUCCUGCUCCAGGAGCCGAUCGUGCCCCUGGAUGGAGAAACCUGGAGCUACCUCCUGGCCAUCUGCCUGUGCUCCACCGCAGCCUUCCUGGGGGUCUACUACGCCCUGAGCAAGUUCCACCCCGCGCUGGUGAGCACCGUGCAGCACCUGGAGGUCGUCAUCGCCAUGGCCCUGCAGCUCCUCGUGCUGCGCAUCGUCCCGGGCGCCUGCGACCUGCUCGGGGCCGCCCUCAUUCUGGCCAGUGUCUUCUUCCUGGCGUGUCACAAACUCUCCUGGAUGAAUUUAAGGCAGCAAGAUUAUCAGGAGAUUGUGGACUCCUCCAUUAAAUGAACCACAGCUUUGCUGUCCGAGUCUGGCUGUGACCACGUGAACAUAGCUCAUUUCAGCUCCCGUGCCUCGGCGUCGUGGCCAGGCCCUCUCUCUGCCAUUUCAGUUCUCAGCUGAUGUAGCAAUGUUGGUGUUCCCAGACUCCCAUGCCAGGUGAAUUUGUUCUGCUGCACAUAACCACUGACAUUUUGUCAUACACAAAAGGGCACCACACAGGGUGCAUGAGCAGAAGCACAGGCUGGCCCACAGAAGGGAAGGCCAAGUCACACAUGUUCUUCCUCCCCUUCCCUGCAUAAGGCAGUACAGAGGGGUUCACUAGUGACUCUCAUUCCUGUGCACUGUGGAAGUAGGAAAAUGAGCAGUAAAACCAUUGCAGUGGUCCGAGUUCUCUGUAAUGCUUCUUAAGUUUUGCCUGCAAUAUUCUAAAUGAAGUAAUGUUAAAUUUCUGUGGCUAAAACUUAUGUUUCCUGUGUGUAUAGAAGUCAGUAAAGCUUCUUGUGCUUUGUGGUUAAA